AUGUCCGAUCCUGUUAAAUCGUUCAUAUCGGGCGGUGCAGGUGGCAUGGCAGCCGUCGUCGUUGGUCAACCCUUUGACAUGGUUAAAGUCCAGCUUCAGAGCUCCAAUCAUUACAAAGGAUCUCUCGACUGCGCCAAGGACAUGGUUCGGACUCAGGGAGUUCGUAGUCUCUACCGAGGAGUCAUGGCUCCGCUCACUGGUGUCACUCCCAUCUUUGCCCUCUCUUUCGCUGGUAACGCUGCUGGCUGCAACAUGGUCCGCAAAAUUACUGGCCACGAGAAGCUGAGCUAUGGUGAGCUCUUCUGCGGCGGUAUGCUGGCCGGAGUCUACUCGACAAUCAUCAUGGCUCCAGGAGAACGAAUCAAAUGUCUCCUUCAAGUCGCAAAACCUGGCCAGUACAAAGGCAUGGGCGACUGCGCCAAGGAAUGUCUAGUCAAGUAUAAAGCGACUGAUAAGCAACCGGACAAUAAUUUGAAAACCAUGAAAAAGCAACUGAUCGCCGAUGGUGGAGUGAGAAAUCUCUACCGAGGUACAGUGCUUACUCUCGCCAGAGAUGUGCCUGCUUCUGGUUGCUACUUUGGCAUGUACGCCUACAUCAAGGACCAAUUGACUCCUGAGGGCCAGGAAAUGUCGAUUAGCUCCAUCCUUGUCGCCGGUGGUCUCGCCGGCAUGGCCAACUGGGCGAUUGGCAUCCCCCCAGACACCCUCAAGACUCGAUUCCAGACCGACAUCUCUGGUAGAUACGCCGGUAUCAAAGACGUCUACGCCGAGGUGAUGGCCGAAGGAGGCUUCAAGCAAAUGUUCCGCGGAUUCGGCGUUGUGAUGAUGCGAGCUUUCCCCGCCAACGCCGCGUGCUUCUUGGCCAUGGAAUUGACAAAAUCGGGACUGGACAAGCUUUGGAUAGCCCGAUUUCUGACACCAGCGGAAGGGCAAGGACGUUUCGUGGCCAAAAAUUUAUCGCAAGUUUUCAACUCGCUGGAUCGCCGAGAGACGGACAGAACGGUUCCUAGACAGCAGCAAGUGCAGAUUGUUCGCAAAACGGCCGAGAAGGUGCUGCCACCCCCGACACAGGUGGUGCGGCAAGCGAGUCCGGUCGAGCAGCAGCAUCAACAGUACGGGCAGAAUCAGCAGAGCCUGCUUCAAGUCGCCAACUCGGGCAGCGCGGAGAGCAGCUUCCGACCGCGCGCAGUCACCGCGCCAUCGAUGACGACGAAGAGGCGCAAAGAAGUGAACCUCGAUUACAAGCGCAAGGAAAACGAACGCCGCGAGCAGAGAGAGAUUGAAUACGCGAAUGCAAGAGCCGGUAACCAGGACGAAUCGCUUGAUGAGCAAAGCGAUAGAACGCAGAACAAUAAGUACCGGUUCGCAUUCAAGAAGAACAAAAUUAAGGAGAAUAAGGAAGACUUCUCGCAGCCGAAGGCUAUGCCGAGAUCUAGCAGGAAAAAGAUGGACGGUGGAGUCUCACCGACGCGCGAGUUGUCUGCACAAAGUGCACCAACAGAGGAUCAUGAAAUCGCAAAGUUGAGAAAUCGCUCCGCCUCGGCGUCGAGCAAUUCUGAUUUGAAGAAGAAGCGAACGAGAAGGCGACGGGGACGAAAGACAACGGGAAAUGGCCAAGACGAAGGACAAGUCUCAGAGCUGACGAUGGAAGAAGCCAUCAAUUGGAUUAGACAGGACGCGCCACCAAUCGCUGACGUCUAUGACCAUGAAGCUCACGCUAGAAUCGAGAAGGAACAUGGCUGCGAGGUGAAAAUUGUUAACGGAACAACCUACUUUACUCCCAGCACUGAUCGAAUGCAAUAUGGGCAAGUGUCAUCUCAAAGUCAUUCGAACGAGAAUGACUUUAGAGGCCACUCUCAAUGGAGGAGUCCGGAUGAUGGACGAUAUCCUGAAAGUAAUUCGGCGACGACGCAGUACGCGGAUAGAUUCAAUAAGAACAUUUAUUCUCAAUCCGCGCCGCUUCAACCAAGGAUUGUCAAGGGAGAAGUGAGCUCAACGAGCCACGACUACAAGGCAUUUGGCGAUAAGCUACGAACGAUCUGGGCGCAGCAGGACACGAAAAGUAAGAAGGAUAUCUGGGACGAUCUUGGCACUGGCAAGCUGGCGAACGAAUCCGUCCUAUCAGUGAUUGACUCUGAGCCGAAGACUUCUGCGAAGUCUUCCGUGCCAGACCGGUCGAUUUGGUCGAACGGGCCAGCGAGCACUUUGGAGAGCAACGCAAGUCCACCCAAGCCGAUAAGGAAACCCAAUGUGUGGGAACCGCGUCCGCAAGAACAAGCUGGCAGUUUUGGUUUCAACAGUUUCGAGCGCGAAGCAAGCCCAGUAGACUACUUCAAUUCGAGCAAGUUUCAUCCCCGCAUGGACGUGCUCUCCCUGGACACACGUGACAACGACGAACUUUCCUUUCAUUACGACCAAGCCAAUAUUAAUAGUAACUUGAGCAGUGUCCCUUACAGCCCCUUGACUCGGAUUUCCUCUGGCUAA